AUGCGCAGAGGUAUCCCUGCAGUGAGCUGAGGUGGACUUCUUCCGUUCAGUCAGUGAGAGACAGAAGCAGUGCAGCUCAGUAGCCGGACCUCGGUAAGAAAAAACACCCUCUCAGACUCAACCAUGAUCCGGAUAGCCGCAUUCCUCGCCCUGCUGGUCGUCGCCUGCUCGGGAGAGAGCUGCACAGACCCAGUCAUCACUCCGUCGGCCUACACCACCUCCGACGCCGUUAUCUCAUCCGAGUCUGUCUUCAUCGUUGAACUGAGCCUCACCUGUGGCAACGGAGCGCAGAGUGUGACUCUCUAUGCUGAUGUCAAUGGAAGACAGUUCCCUGUGACCAGAGGCCAAGAUGUUGGCAAGUACCAGGUCUCUUGGAGUCUUCCUCACAAACAGGCCAGCUCUGGGACAUAUCAGGUCAAAUUCUUCGAUGAGGAGUCCUACAGUGCCCUGCGCAAGGCUCAGAGAAACAAUGAAGAUGUAAACGCUAUUCAGCCUCUCUUCUCUGUGAACAUCGACCACAGGGGUGCUUGGAGCGGCCCAUGGGUGUCCACUGAGGUUGUCGCUGCCCUAAUUGGUAUCCUGUUCUACUACAUGGCAUUCAGCGCCAAGACCACCAUCCAGGCAUAAACAGAUCCACAGUCACUUUUUAGCCACUGGAUCAUUAAAGACUGAGCUCAACCAAAAUGAUCCAUCAUCCAGUGUUGUUUCAAACCAACAGGAUUUUGCCACUUGGUCUGAUUUGAGGCAAGGAGCAAAAGUAGCAGUCUUUGUAUUUUUUUUCUUUUUCUAUUCAGACUGUGUCUGUGUGUGGUCAGUCUUAUCAAUUUACAGAUGAAUUUCGUCAGGCGUUUGUCCUCUCAACAGGGAUGGAGUUUUGUAAUUUUGUUUCUGAAAUGCCAGAAUGAAAAAAAAAAAAAAAAAGCUGGAUUUUUACAAAUAAAGAAAACAAAUCUAGAUCAUGUGAUGUAUUCAGUCCUGCUCUAAAUCUGUUGGUACAUCAAGAGCAAAUUGUCCUUCUGUGUGGAUGCACCAGCCAGAGUCGGACUUGUACAAUGUUAACACCAACAGAGAAAGGUCAAGCCCCUCUAUGUGCAGGAAAUGUCAAUAAUGUGACUGCUCUGGCUGGCCAGAACAAGCCAAACGGACAAGUUUGUUCCAGUAAAGUGAAUAAAUGGCUUGUUUUUCUUCCA